GCUUAAAAUUUGAUUGAGCAAGCCUGUGCCAUUAUUCGGUGCUUAUGUCUUUGUAUUGGUAUGGUUUUACUCCUUCUCGUCCUUUUUAAUUUUAAAAUGUGCAAACAUUAUUAUGUUACCAUUUCCUUUUAAUGAAAUAAUAAAUACUUUUCUUCUGACAUUUCGUCACAGAUUUUACAAUGAUUUUGUUCAAUUAGGUAACCUUAGACCAGCUGAUUGUUAUUCUGGUAGCUUAACUUACAAUGCCUGUGGGAUAUUCAAUGCAAGCACAUGGUGAAAAAUAAACUAAAUUAUUGGGUAUAAGCAGGUCACUGGCGGUAAGUGGAGCAUACAUAUAUUUCAGGAAAUAGUGCAUGCUUAUAUAUUGAACAGCAUGCACAGCUACACAUGCUGUUUUGUUCGUAAAUGCUGAAACAUUAUUCUAAGUGGAAGCGCUUUGUUGCACUUUGUUCUUUGGCUUUCAGUGCUACCUUUAAGUCACAUAUGUGAAAGUACUAGUAGAAGCAUCCCGUGGAGAUAAAUGACAACUUUGAUGAAUAGAGGUAUAAAAUAUGUGCUUAAAACGGCAAAAAACUGCUUGACAGGCAAACGUAUGCCAAUCCAUGCAUUGCGUGCGCCCUAUUGCAUUCAAUAUGAGCUACAACAACGAGCUGUGGUGUCUUUCCCUCCUGGUCGAGCUGGUGUUGCGAAAAUUUUUGACCAAGAAAAGUGGAGGUUUUUAAUUUUUCUAACCAUGCUUAACCAUGCUUUUGGCUGUGUGCUGUUUCCACGGAGUGAUAAGUACUGGUGCACCAAGGUGCGGGAGAUCCUGUGUAUUUAGUGCAGCGCGCGUUGUUAUUCCGCUCUGCAUCCUGCUGGCAGUGUACUAUCACUGCAGAGGAAGAUUACGAAAAGCAUAGGGUGUGUGCAUUGCUGUGAUCAUGAAACUGAAAUUUUUUGCCUGAAAGGGUCGCACGUUAUGCUACCACAUGACGGACCAGAAGCGCAAUAUGACGACGCCUCACAGAUUCUGGCUCAUACUGAACAAGGUAGUACCAUAGCUAAGGCUAGGCAGCAUUCACAACAGCUAGUCUGCCCAUUAACUACAUGGCUGUAGUGAACGCUAAAAUACUUGCAGGGAUAACACCCUUUUGGAAGGGUAUUGUCCAUGCUACACCCAUAUUGAAAGGGUGGUGUCUGUGUUACACCCCAUAUAGAAAGGGUGUUGUUUGUUUUACACCCACAGGCAAGGUGACGUCAUAUUAACACCCCUUCUUUUGUGGGGUGUUAAUUUGCACCCCUUUGCUUGGGGUGUAGCAAUACACCCAAAAAGGGUGUCACCCAUGGGACAAGUCAUUUACACCCUUAAGGGUGUUAAAAUUUUUAGAGUGUAGGUGCUUGAGGGUGCUCGGAUCAGCGCCGCGGAGGGCGCGUAACGCCUGGUCAGAGACGACUCCACUCUCGAACGCUAUAAUGGCGGCUCUCGAGUCGCUGAAUAUUAUAUUUAACUUGUCGUCCAGCAUUGCCAGGGCUAUGGCCACUUGCUCCGUCACCUCGGGGUCACGUGUGAGUACCGUCGCGGCGUUUAGUUUCCGCUGCGAGGACGAGACCGCCACCGCGGCGAAGGCUCGGUUGCAUCGGUAGGCGACGGCGUCCACGAAAGCUACGUCGUCCGCUUUCUUGUCUAUGCGUUUGAGGAAUGCAACACCACCGUCUGCACCAGAGACGGUCGCCCUAUCCACAGGGUCGACUCCAUCUGAGUACUGGUAAUGAUAAUCUAGGCGGGCGGAUCAAACAUCCAAACAAUCCACAAGCUCAUACUGCGGUGGAAGCUCAAGGCCUCACGACACCUCUGGGGUUGCUUCCCUCUUUUUUAUCCAAGUGUACUGCAAUAAGUUUGCAGAAAAGAAAUUUACGCCUAUUUAGAAGCAAAAGCCACAAAAACCAAAUGUUUCUCACUGGACCAACAGUGUGUCAUUCUUGGGAAAAUAUUUCCGUGCAAACUCGCCCAUUUUGCGCUUCUGAUGAAAGAAAUUUUCUUAAAAUAGGCGGAAAAUUAGAUCGUAACGUGACGUUAGGAUGAUGUAUUAUGAGCACGUGAAAAUUUCAAUAAACAUCCGUUUACAAAGUCCUUUCGCAAGUGCAUUUGUUUGCCUCACUCUGUCCUUGUCUUCAGAGGGCGGCCCAGCACAGUACAAAAAUAAAAAAGGAUGCUGUGCCUGCGAGACUUCUGUUUGUUCCUGCGAUAAAGGGGAGCCAACCGCAGUAACGUGUGCUGAAGUUCGCUUCCUUGUUUUCUCCGUUUCCUUCGUGUUGCAUUUGAGCUCCCUUGAAGGAAGAUAGAAACUAUUCAAAAUCUUUCCAAAAGCAUAGAUAGGUGCACAAGAGAAAUGUGCCGACACUCGUUUGUUAAGAAUACCCGGUACAGCUGACGCUAUUUGUUACGAAUGGGAGAUAACAGCGCUAACAACAAGAUGUCACAGCGCAGCAUCCUCCCUUUCUUACGCCCUAAACAACUAGCUCAUUUUAUCGCGUCAUUGUCGUAGAGGACUGAUGAUGAUGCCUCCGUCUGGCUGAUUAAAUUCAUUUGUGAAGGCAUUAGCAAAAAACAAAAAAAAAAACGACGAAUGCGGCUCAAGACGAAGAUUUUCAGAAGCUAAGAAUGUACUACGCACGUCGGGCGAGCUGAUGUGCAAGAAAAGGCAUCUCCGCUGAACUCGAGAGAACUUCAAGAUUAGCGAUCACUGGUCUAGUUCUGCCUCGCUCGUAUAUUUUUAAAAAUUUUGUUUAUCUGCAACACAUGACUAAUUCUUUCAUGCUUGCCUUUUCCUCAGACUGACGCUAUUUGGCAUCCCGUGGCCCUUUCGCUAUAAGAACCUAAUGACCAUCAUCACCUUGUGCUCGGAAAAAAUCUCGGCGCCCUUGUACGCACGCAUUCUUCACGUGAUUCCCGCGUCCAUUGUAUAGAAGAGCAGCGCGGUUCUGGGACAGUAUGGAAGUUGCGCUGCUCUUCUCGCGCUACCCGCUACGCGUCGAGCGGGCGGCGACGCUCGCCGGCGUUCAUCUACGGCGCAAGAGAGCGUAUCGAUCGCGCAUGCGCCGAUCUUUUCGUGCUGCACCUUGUUUACAUCCCUCUCGCCCUAGCGAAAAAAAAAUCGUUACGAGGACAGCGUUCCAGGUCGCCGGCGUGCAGUAGGAUCCCGCCAUGCCGGCCGGAGACAGCAUGUGUCGUAUGCCAUGCGCGGACGAGGCAUCAUGGAGCAGCCAGUCACUCAGUCGGAGCGCUUCGCCUCAGCACCAGUCACCAAUCAUGACGUCCUGCUGCUUUUGCUGCGACACGCGAAAGGGAUCGCUGGCCACAGCCAUGGCAUCCAUCAUGACCCGGGGCCUAACCAUUCUGGGCUACUACCUCAUGGUGACCGCGCCGCGCUACGAGAACACGCGGCUCCACAAGCAGGACGAGAAAGCGCUCAUCAACCCCCAUUAUGUAGGAAUAGCCAUGAUAACCGAAAGCUGCAUCGAAAUCUUCUUCUCGGUCAUCCUUCUCAUGGGUGUAAUAAAGGCCGACUACCGUUGGCUACUGCCAUGGAUUGUGUGGUGCUUCUUCAACAUUCUGUACAUUUUCGUCAUCGCCGUCAUGCAAGUGCUGGCCGCUGUUUUUGCCUCGUCAACGCACGCACUAGGAAGCGCAAUGGGAUCCUGGAUUGGAUUCUUUGUUUCUGUGUAUUUCCUGAAGUGCGUGCUGGCCUACUACCACACCCUGCAGAGCGGGGAAGGGCUGAAACAGCAACAGGAGCUUGAGGCAACGGAACCUCUGGCACAAGAGCAGCCACACUGCAGCAAGAACAUCGCCUAGCAAGAUCGUGCUACAGAUUUCUUGGACCUGUGCUAAACACAUCACACGAAAAACGGUCACGGAGCGUCACAAAUGUCAUGCAGGCCGCACUUUUGACCAUGUUUUACUCUAGUUUGGUCCCAGCCUGAGUCUGUCGCACCAUGCCCAACUGUGCACCUGAAAUGACCUCUUACACUUCCUGAACUCGUUAAACUGAAGCGGAUGCUUCAGGAGCCUACGUUACGACAAAGGUCUCCUUCAGUGCAACACGCGAUUGUUUGAACAGAAACUUCACAACUCCCGGCUCAAAUAUUAUAUUUUUUUUCAUACCUUUUUUUUUUGCUCACCAGCCGGUCCUAUACGCAUUUUACGUUUCUGCGUGCCUAGAUGAGUUUUAAUCUUUGGUCUGUAUUUAGUAGCUCUUGAUUUGAUCUUUCUCAUUUCUCGCUUCCCCAGCGCUUGACAAGGCACGUAACAUUCGUGCGCAGUACCUUUAUUUAAAAUCCGAACGUGUACUGAACAGGACUCCUCUGGAUACAGUUGAGCUUGCUUAAGUAGUGUUUCCCUCUCUCCUGCUUUCACUGCUCGUUUGUGAACUCUCCGAAGCCUGCAAUGCUUCAGCGUGGACAAGUUUGGGACUCCUGCUACAAUGCGACGUCGUCAGGUCAGGGACACAAAGAAACAAGGCAGAAGGCGAAAGAGCAAAGUAACAACAGGCGUUUAUUUUUGCUGAAAACGCCUGGAAGAAAGAAAGGUGACACGACAGUGAUUGCAGUCGUAAAGAAGGAGCAGGGGCAAGAAUAUCAGGGGCAGAAAGAAGCUCGGUUUUCAGCCUUUAUUCUCAGUCAAAGUGCAUAGGCAGCGAAAUCACUUAAAAAUGUUUUUCAAGAUUAACGAGCACAUAAAACAAGUUGGCAAUGUGCCUUUAGAGACAACUGACGAAGCUACCAGACAAACACUUUUCCUGAUACCUAACGUACACGAAUGGGUCUAAUACCAGGAAAUGUUAACUCAGCAGGCCUAAUUUUUCAUAGAUAGAAAAUAGUAUAGACGGUUCAUAAUUACUACAGCAAGCACAUAGGGGAGACCAGAAGGAAACGGCAGGCACUUUGGUGAGGCGUAUAAAGUAAAUGUUGCUGAGGUACGUAAUGCAAUAAUACGUUACAAUAAUCCGCUACCUAUCACAACAUAUAAUUUUCCGACACGAAACACGAGGGCAGCUAGUAAUGCCUGUAUUAAGCUACCACCAUGUCACAAUUUAUAUGGACAGAUACUCGUGGAUUCAACGGUGCUCUAAUAUGAAACGCACUGCCACUCAGUGUGAAGACCAGCCAAAACUUUGUGCAAUGCUUAAAAAACUUCUUUCGUGAAUGCUUACGGGAUCGUUCUAUUUGUAUCCCCUGAUGUCAUGACAUAGUGUUUUGUUUAUUCUAUAUUUUUCAUGUAAAAAUGCUUUAGUAACAUGUGUUUAAGUUGUCUCGUGCAAUAAGUACGCUGUUCUUUUUAUGUAUAUUUUGUUAUUCGACCCCAAACUACUCGCCAAGGCUAUGGGUCCAAACAGUACUGUGUAUUGUGUGUAUGCAAUGAAUUGAAUAAAAAAAAAGAAUGCGCAGCAUUGUGUAAAAGAAAACGGAUGUUGA